UUAUGAAAUACUCCAUUCACCAUCGAAUCGUCGGAAAAUGUUUUACUGUCAUUUGCACCAUUGUGAAUGGUUCAAUUCUGCUGCUAUUGCAUUGUUUUCCUUCGGUGUCAAAAAUUUUCGUUUGCGCUGCUCAGUAUUUUACAACGAAUAUAAUUGCAGCUAUUUGAGUCCAUCAUAAUUAAAAGUGUUUAAAACCCCUGACAAGCUCAGGGCAUUACCUGCAAAUAUAAAAACAUAAAAAUUAAUUAUAGUUCUUGCCAUACAUUUGCUUGCUAGUGAAUUGUCAAAAAAACGACAUAACUUCUUGUCACCGCUGUCUCAUAGGAAUCAACUACAAGAAUGGCCUCAACAAUGCAGCUGGAGUUUUCGCAGGCCAUGUCUGAUUUUAAGACGAUGUUUCCAGACAUGGAUCGCGAGGUAAUUGAAGCGGUUUUGCGUGCAAAUCAAGGGGCUGUGGAUGCCACAAUCGAUCAGCUAUUAGCUAUGUCGACGGAUAAUCAAAAUGAAAAGCUGCGUAAUGAAUUGGACGCAAAAACAUCACCGCAGCGGAGUCUUAUAAAUCUUCAUGGCAUAGAUAAUCAGCCUCCAACAGCACAAUUAAUUGAUACAUCUGACGGAUGUUCUACAAUUGCACCCAGUAGUCAACAAAAUGCAGCAGCUGCCGCUAAUGCUGUGUUAUUGAAUCUCAGCAGCAAUAAUGCUGUCAGCUCAUCACCUAAUCAUAAUACUGGUGCAUCGCCCAAACAGCGACUGGUAAGUGCCAACAACAAAUCAUCUGCAAAUGUCACACCAAAACGUAGUGGUGGUCAUCAUGGUACGCGACGUUGGAAUCCACCUAUGCUCGGCCCACUACCGGCAGGCUUUCUAAGGAUCACACCGAGUGCACAGGAUGGUAUAGUGCGUGAUUUUGACUUGCCAGAUGAACAAUUUGCAAUGAUGUUGCAAAAUGAGGAAUUUAUGAAUCAGUUACGAUGGAAUCAAGAAUUUAUGAAUGCGUUGGAAAAAGAGCAAUGCGGCAAAGGCAAAGGUGAGGAUGACGCUGCAUUCAAAGAACGUUUGAAGCAUAUGGGAAAGGUGUCACGAAAAAAGUUUUUACAAAUGGCACGUGUGUUUACAUGGCAGCGUAACAAAAAAACAACAACAGCCAAGCAAAUAGAUUCACUACCUCUGAAGGAGGAACCCAGCGACGACGAGGAUCACCAUCAUGGACAACGUAAGUAAAAAACGAUAGUUGUGUGGCAGCUUGGGGAUAACCCAUAAACAUCUUGUUAGUGGAAUGAUGCGUUUUACGAAAUAAUUAUGUAAUGUUUUUAUUUUUAAUUUUAAGCAAAUAGUUGUUGAUAUAGUGUAUAAGUUGCUUUCGCAUUUUGGUUGCAGCUAAUCUUCAUAAAUUUAUUGUUUUCUAUGUAUUUUUAAGCUUUAUAUGCGAUUGCAAUUAUCUAACGUGAUGCUCAUAAGCUUUCCAUGCCGAUAAGCAUAUAUACUAAUAAUGUAUAUAUUAUAUAUCUGUGGUUGUAAAAGACGAAAGACAAAUUCCAAAUGUACACAAAGCGUUAAAAUGGUAGAUUUUAUCUUAAGUAAACUAAGUUAUCAAAAAAUGCUUUAAAUAUUUUGUCCUCUAAUGAAUUGCGAACAAUAAUGGUGUGAUCGCAUAGGAACAAAGAGAUGCGUAAUGUAUAUUAGAAGUGCAAUAAAGUGUGCAACUAUAAUUAAAAUAUAUAAACACGAGCCAUUGUAAUAGGUUUUAGAUUUGCGAAGGCUGACUGUUGUUUGUUAUUUCACUGAAAAGUGGUAUUAAAAUUUGUAUAUAAGUGCAUAUAUAGUAUGUAAUUGUUUCCAAAUUUCAAUUCGUAUUAAAAUUUGUUAUAACAUAUUCUAUUAUUUUUUUGUUUUUUUUCUGCAAAUGCUGUUAUGCAAUAAAAUUGUUAUAGAUUUUUUAUUCUUUAGCUAUUAAAUUUACUUUAAGUGCACUACACUAUAUAUUUUGUGAUGGUUAAUAUAAUUUUCCUUUUGAUGUGGAAUGUGGAGAUGCAGGCACACGUUUGCUUCCUAUAGUUCAAUAUGAAUCUCAUAACAACGCUAGAGUUAUAAUUGAAAAAAAAAAUUCAGCUUGAUGCGGCGUUUGCGCCUAUUAUUAUAUUAUAUAUUUGUAAAGAAGAAUGUUGGAUCGGACUGAAAAUAUACAUCAUAAACACCUACACACAUAAAGAAAAUGAAAAUCUUAUGUAUAUACUUACAUCCAUACAUAUAUCCACAAUGUAUACAUAAUUAUAAUCUAAAUAUUACAUUAAACUUAAAAACUAGUGUAUAAAUAAUGAAAGAGCCUAUUCUCUUGAUAUCAAAAUAAUGUACAAGUCCAUUAAUAAAUGUUAAUUAUAAUGUCAUAUUUGAAAAUUAGUAGCAAAAAUUUAAAUUUUCAACUAUUUGGGUUUUCUCCAGUCUGAAGACAAACUUCCAAAGAUAUGAUAAAUAUAUGCCAUAUAUAAAUACAAACACAAAUACAUAUACGCAAUUUCACAUUUAACGCUGAAAAAGUAUACUCUAAAGCCACAAUAUGGCUAAUAUCCCAUGAAUCUUCGGUAUAAAGCGAAUAUGUAUGCAAUAUAUAUAAUACUAUAAUAUACUAAGUAACUAAAAAACAGAUUGCCUAAUUUUUAGCAAUAACGCUAGUCACAAAUCCAUUUAUAAAAAAAAUCAAAAUUAACAAACAAUUUUAAAAGUAGUAGACAAGACAACACUAUCAUUAUGGAAACUGAAUACUUAAAUUUUUUUUCAAUUUUCUUUUCAUUUCGUUAAAAAAUAUUAAAUGUGUUAAAUUUGCUCGCAAUACCAAAAGAAAAUGAGCACAAGUAAAAAAAAACGAAAAUUUUUUUAUAUAUUUUUGUGUUAUGCUUAUGAUUCGAUUAUAGAAGAAUGUUUCGAUACGGAGCCUGCUUCCUUUUACAAAAGCAGUGUUUUUAUCCACAAUGUCAAAAUCAUUUUUUUUAUUUUUCUAAUGAAUAUUCUGUAACAUUUUGAGGAUUUUGUAUUAUUUAAAAACUAUUCCUAUUUAUUUAACACUCAACUAUUAAAAAUUUUGAAAAAAUUAUUUUUGAAUCAUAAAAACAAGUCAAUAUAAAAGAAAACGGCUGAUUUUGACACUAUCGAUCCACACUUUUGACAAUUUGUGUUGUUUUUGUGCUAUCGACACAACCUUCCAUAAUUGAAUUGUGGUCAUGCUACUCUAAAUAUUGAGUGCGAAAUAAGAAGCUUAAAGAAAUUAAAUGUUUUCAUUAGUUGCUACUAAAAAUGCAUAUCACAUUGUACAUAUUGUGCCAAAUAUUAGUUUAUUAGAUAUAUCAUUCAACAACGGCAAUGCAGCAAAAUAUUUUACAUGUACAAAAUAUUUUCACGAGAAAUCGGAUUGAACUUUUUAUCCCUUCAGCCUACUUCAAUGUUUUAAAAUUAAAAUCAAAAAAUAAAAAUUAAAAUUAAAUCAAUGUAGUAAAAUUGCUUAAAAAACUAAGUGUAAAACUUAUUAAAUAAUAUAAAAGAUUAAUUGAUUUAUAAAAAACGAAUUUUUUCUCAAAAUUAAUAUAACGAAACAUUUAUAAACUGUUAAAAGGCGAAAACAAGUAAAUAAUAUAUUUUUUAUUUAUUCCUCUAUUUUUGUUGGAAAAAUAUUUACAAAUUUCUUACAUAACUAUUUAGUUGUAAUGAACGUGUAACGGCAUUUCAAUUUUCAAAUGUUUACUAUUCAAAUUCUACGAAAUAACUAAAGUUGAACCAAAAUAAAUGUACAAAGUUUAAAAGUACAGAAUAUGCGUAAUUUAAUUACAUAAUUUCAACAUACUAAUACCUACACAAUUCGUAAUUUAACUCUAUGCCUUUGUAUGUAGAAUGAAAAUGGAAUAUUUUGUUAAAGAUAGUGAAGCGUAGAAAGUGCAGCAAUUAGUGGCAAAUGAAAAGACGCACUUUUCUGUCUGCAUAAAGCAUUUAAUUGUAUCAUGGAAAAUGCUUAGUACUAACAAAGUAAAUUAUGAUAAAACUAUAUAAUGUAAAAAAAAAAAACAAUAACUAAAAACUAAUCAUAGUUAAAACUAAUUACGUAUGCAUGCAUGUAUAAAUAAACUUUACCAGACAUGAAUAAAUGUAAAGAAAACUUAAAACAAA